AUGGAGCUGCAGAAAAGGAUAGUGUCUGUGGCUUCUUCAAGAGUCACCAGGCUUGUCUGUUUCGUGUCGUCUAUGUCUUCUAACAACAUCCUCGAUUCAUCUGUUGGUUUAGAAAGGAAGUUUGAAUAUGAAAUGAGAAAUCGGAUGAGCAUCAAAAGAAGCAAAACAGAAGAUUCGCUCGUUAAGUUUUCUUUAUCCUCUGGCACCACCUCUCGAUAUUAUCAGCGCGUGUACUUUCUGUUUCUUGUUCCUGAACAGAUGAACAUGUUUUUUCCUCGAAUUCCUCAAAACCGUCUUCACUCGGGAAAUGAGUCAGCAUGUGGACCGAAGCACCAGACACGGACGAGUCUGUGCAUUUCGUGCCACUCGACUGCCGAUAAUGCCGGCCCUCAGUUUGCCUGGAAAACCCGCCAAGAUCAAAAGAAGACGAUAAGGAUGCACUAA